CCGACUGUGUGCAGUACUCAACAUUUUAGGUUAGUGAAAAAUAAGAAAAUAAAAUAAGUUAUUAUACAUACCUAUCCAAAUCGUGAGUGUUAUUCCAAUUUCAAUCAAAACUUUCAAAAGCUAAAAUCGAAUCUUCAAAAUGGUAAGUGAAAUAUAAUAUAACACUAUACUGAUUGUUUUAUAAAUAUUAUAAUUUCUCAAUUUUUAUACUACCUAAUACGUAUACCUCAAAAAUGUAGACUGCCUACCUACUCAGUAUUCACUCACCACAUGAGUACAAAAAGCUUAAAUACUACGUAAAUAAUUCAUAAGUUCAUAUUGGCAUUUUUUUUUAAAUAGUAACAAAGUCAAAAUAUGCUGUUCAAUAGUUAUUUCUAUUUAGUAAUGAUAUUUGUAUUAGUUUAUAUAACCCAUUGACUUAUCAACACUUGUAUUAAUAUAUUACAAUUUGUUCAUAUUUCUUAUGGUUAAUUACUAUAAAUAUCUUCUUUCUUUUUUUUUUUAGUGGAUCAUAGUGAUAAAUAUCUAUCUUAUAUUAUACUUAUGUACCUAUAUAUAUAAUUGCAGUCCUUUUUUUAUUUUUAUUUAAGCGUCCUCCAAUUUUAUUACUUAAAGAAGGAACAGAAGAUAGCCAAGGCAAAUCACAACUUUUGUCUAACAUCACUGCUUGUCAAGCAGUUGUUGAAGCUGUCCGUACUACCUUAGGUCCACGUGGAAUGGAUAAGUUAAUUGUUGAUAGUCGUGGCAUUGCAACUAUUUCAAAUGACGGUGCAACAAUCAUGAAAAUAUCUGAUAUAAUUCACCCAGCUGCCAAAACUCUGGUUGAUAUUGCUAAAUCACAGGAUGCUGAAGUUGGUGAUGGUACCACCAGUGUUGUACUACUUGCAGGCGAAUUCUUAAAACAAGUUAAGCCAUAUGUUGAAGAAGGAGUACAUCCAAGAAUUAUCAUCAAAGCAUUACGUAAAGCUUUAAAAAUUGCCCAAGACAGAAUUGAUCAAAUCGCUUAUAAAGUAAUAAAAAUAUAAACGCCUAUUUCUUUAUAUACCUAGUAUAAAGUAUAAUAUCAUAAAUGUAUUUUUUUUAGAUGAAAUUUAACAAUGAUGGAGAAUACCGUAUUUUUCUACAAAAAUGUGCAGCUACUGCUCUCAAUUCAAAACUUAUUCAUCAAGAAAAAGAUUUUUUUUCUAAAAUAGCUGUUGAUGCAGUAUUAUUAUUAGAUGAAUUAUUACCUUUAAAUAUGAUUGGUAUUAAGAAAGUUCAAGGGGGUGGUUUACAGGUAAUAUUUAAUUUCAAUUAAUUAAAAUACAAUACAAUUAAACUCCUAAAGCUGACCUAAACCUAAGAAACAUUUUAUAAACAUUAGCUAAAUAUUCAAUAUCAUGGCCAUAUUUAGGAUAUAUUGACUCCUAGCCUGCAAUGUAGGCCCUCAUUAUUUAUUCGUAUAGCAAUAAAUCAACAUUACAGCAGAUUAAAUUUAGUUUAUAAGUAGUGAUAAUAAAAUAAUAAUUAAGAAAUAUAUGAAAUCUAACUAAGAAGACUAGUAUAUUAUUUUUGCACUAUAGCCACUUUGGAACUUAAACUGUUUAUUCACAGACACACGUUCAAUUCCUAUAUCUAUUUUAUAGCCUUAAGUGUUAUCGCGUGGAUUCCCUCAAUACCCUGAUUAAAUUUCCUCGAUUGACUCUGUUAUAAUGUGGUUUACUGUUUGUCUGUGAUUACUGCAAUCACAUGCUGGAUUAUCUCGGAGUUGCCAUUUAUGCAUUAUAUCAGCACAACAGCCAUGACCUGUACAAAGACAAGUUUGGUACAGAUCACUCAUGUCUAGGCAAUUCUAUUCCCAUAACUCCUUGUGGUCAGGUAUCAAGAUUUUGUUUGGUAUAGUGGAUUUAGUCCAUUCAUCACACCAAUACUUAUUAGUAUCAAACCUUAAUCUUAUUCGAUUUUUGGCAGCCUUCCAAGGUGGCUUUUUAAUUUAAGUGUCGAUACAUCUUUCAAUCUUUCAGCUAAUAAUGAAUUAUUCCUAUCCUCUGUUUUCUUAAUUGUUUUCAUAAGCUUCUCCUUUCUUCGUAAAUCUAGAGGGACUAUGUUGGUUAACACUGGUAAUCACUGCAACUGAGUUGACUUGACUGUGCUACUAAUCACUCUCAUCAUUUCCUAGCCUGUGGUGCAAGCCCUGCCAUGGCUACAAGAUAACAUAUUUAAUCUUAAUUGACUUUUUUAUCCUAUUUUUACUUAGCUUAUUUGAUGUAAACUUAUAGGCCACAUCCUAUAAAACUAGUACAAUAUGGCUGUCCAAAAACCCCAAUGAAUAAUUUAUACUUACGCUUCUUAUCACCUACCUCACCAAUAUUCAUCCAUGUUACUUCCUAUCACCAUUAAUUGAAGUCCGACUAAUUUAAAGAUUAUAGGAACCUAGUACUUUUAUGUUUAACUUAAUUAUUCUUUAAAAAUGAUUUUAAAUAUAAGAAAAUAAUACAAAAUCACAAAUUUUCCAUUAAAGGUAAUAGGUACUAUAUUACUAUAUUACUAUGUAAUGUUAUUUCCUCAAUAACUAUUAUUAUUAUUGUGCAGUCACAAAUCAACUAAAAAAAGCACUCUCUAUCUUUGACCGCUAUGAGUGAACAAUAGACUAGUAUAUUAGUAUAAAGUCUAUGGAUGAGACUGACUUUAUUAUUCAGAGUGUUGGGCAGUAGCCAGAAAUAUAUAACAGAGAAUGAGUGUAGCAGAAAUAAUAAUAGGUGGAUGAGUGAAAUGGCGAGAGAAGAUAGGAUAAGGAAUGACUACAUAUGAGAUAACUUAGAGUUAGUUUUGGGCAUGUAAUAAUGAGAGAGAAAUCUGAGGAAGACCAAAAAAGAUUGUUGAAUAUCAUUAAGAAUGAUGUGAAGAUAACCAGUGUUUUGUGAGAUGGGUCGUAGUAGAUUCCAAAUAGUUGGAUUGAAGAAGAACUAUAUGAUACAAUUUUAAAUAUUUUCCAAUUACCUAUAAUCUAUAUUUAAUUAUUAGUAUCUAUGUAUCAAAAAUUUCAAAAAAACAAAAAAUGUGGUUUUUUUCUCAAUAUUUAAUUGUAAUUUUAGGUUGCCAGAAAUACCUGUUAUGAAUAAUUAAUAGUUUUUUUUUUCAAUAUUACUAUUUUAAUUUUAUUAAAUUGUGCAAUAAAACUAACUAUUUAAACUACAUGUAACUAUAUUUAAAAAUAUAUUUGGGUUUUUAACAGGAUUCACAACUCAUUACUGGAGUGUCAUUUAAAAAAACAUUCUCCUAUGCUGGUUUUGAAAUGCAGCCAAAACAUUAUAAAACUCCAAAAAUCGCACUUCUCAAUAUUGAACUUGAAUUGAAAGCCGAACGUUCUAAUGCUGAAGUUAGAGUAAACACUGUCGAGGUAAAUAUAUAUGUAUUUAACUUUUUAAUAGUUGUUUAUGUUCAUAUGUAUUAACAAACAGAAUUAGUAUCUAUGUAUUAAUACAAUGGAUGUCGCUUAUAAGACAGAGGUAUAAGGUUCAGAUGCUAAGAAUACUCAAGAAUUUAGAUAAAAUAAAAUAUAGUCUUUAAAGUACAAAUCUUAUUUAAUUCAUUAAUUGUCUAUUAUAGAUAAUAAAUAAAGCUAAUUUUUUUACUUUUCCUUACUUUCCUCUUAAAAAUACACUGGUUAUUAUUAAAUUCAUAACUUCCUAAUAAAAAACUAUACCUAUUAAAUUAUUAAUAAUAAUAAUAUUUUUAAACUAUUGAAGUUAUAAUCCUUAAAUAAUUUAUUUGCUAUAGUAAAUAAAUGAUUCAUUUCAUUUGUAUGUUUGAUUUUAGGAAUUUCAAAAAGUAGUUGAUACCGAGUGGAAUAUUUUAUAUGAAAAACUGGAACAUAUUUACAAAAGUGGAGCUCAAGUUGUGUUGUCUAAAUUACCAAUUGGUGAUGUAGCCACUCAAUAUUUUGCUGACAGGUAUAAAUAUAAGAUAGGUGUAUUAUAUUUUUCUUUGUUUUAAUUGUACUUUAAAACGUUAUGGGUUUUUUUUUUUUUAUAUAAAUAUAUAAUUUAGAGACAUGUUUUGUGCGGGUCGUGUUGAUGAAGAAGAUUUAAAACGUACCAUGAAAGCAUGCGGUGGUGUUAUUGUUGCCACAACUUAUGAUUUAAACGACUCUGUACUUGGCAAAUGUGAAUCCUUUGAAGAAAAGCAAAUUGGGGGUGAUAGAUUCAAUGUAUUCUCUGGAUGUCCUAAUGCUAAAGCUUGUACUAUCAUUCUACGUGGUGGUGGUGAACAUUUACUAGAUGAAACUGAACGUUCAUUACAUGAUGCUAUUAUGAUUGUUCGGAGAACUGUAAAAAAUGACUCAAUUGUUGCUGGUAAAUAAAUUUUUAUAUUUUCUACUUACUAAGUUUAUUGUUAAAUUAAUAGAUAUUAUUUUUAUUUUUGUUUAGGCGGUGGUGCUAUUGAAAUGGAACUCAGUAAAGUACUUCGUGAUUACUCUCGAUCAAUAGCUGGCAAAGAACAAUUAAUUGUUGCUGCUAUUGCAAAAUCAUUGGAAAUCAUUCCAAGACAACUAUGUGACAAUGCUGGUUUUGAUGCAACUAAUAUACUGAACAAAUUACGUCAAAAACAUGCUCAAGGAGGUGAAGCAUUUGGUGUGGAUAUCAAUCGGGAACAUGUUGUGGAUAACUUUGAAAACUGUGUAUGGGAACCAGUAAUUAUUAAAAAGAAUGCUCUAGCAGCUGCUAUUGAAGCUGCUUGUCUAGUAUUGUCAGUAGAUCAAACAAUCAAAAAUCCUAAGUCUGGUGGUGGUGAACAACCUGGACCUGGACGUGGACGUGGAAGACCUAUGUAAAAAAUUUAAUUCACAAUAAUUAUUAAUACUUUUUGUAUAAUUUUUUUUUAUAAACCAUAUGCUUACACACUUACAACUAAUUUUCAUCUACAUCUGUUUAAUAAACAAUUUUUUAUUUUUUUUUUUUUUUUUUGUAUUAGAAACUUGCACAAAUCUAAAAUAUUGUUAAGUAUUUAAAAAAAAUAAUAAUAAUAAUAAUUUAUUAUAUUAAUAUUAACUAUUUUAGUGUUUUUGAAAUUCCAUCCAUCUUGAUAGGGAAAAACUUUUGAAUAAUGCUAUUUAUAUCCAUUAUAUAGUAUUUAUGUAUUUAAAUAGAAACUAAUUUCUUUAAGCAAUGCUUCCCCAACUUUUUUGACUCAUGGCUCCCUUUUUGCACCUAUUUUCUCAGGGCGUCAUUGCAAUUAAUUGCAAUCAAAAACUUAUUCUGAUAGUAGUAUUAGUCACAGAGUUUAUCCCAGAGUAUAGCCAAAGGUAACUAAGAUAAAUAACUAACUUUUUUUAAAAUUUAGAGAAGUAUUCAGAAUCUACCAAAAACUAGAAAAACACAUUUUAUGACAACCUUUCAAUAAUACAAUGUAUAAUCUACUUAUUAUUUUUAAUGAAUUAAAUGAUGAUAGCUCCAAUAUAAUAAAUUGUAAUUAUGUGAACUAAUUAAUAUGGUGUCUUCUAACCUGUUUUAAGGUAACCUGAGUUACCCUGCUCCCUCGGUCUAUAGGAAAUAUAUUUUAUUAUUAAAAUCAAAAUAUUUUUUUUUUCAAAUGAACCCAACAUUUCACUGUUGAAAGUUAAUAAUCAAAAAUUUCAUAAUACAUUUAAUUAAAUCUUGAGUUAAGUAGAAUUUAUAUAUUUAUUGUGGUAAAACACUAGACUUCCGUGUAAAAAAAAUGUGUACUUUGUUCUCUUUUUGUAUGUUUGGAAAUCAUGACAGUAAAAAAAUUACUAAAAUAUACCAACAAAAAAAAAACCACAGUUACAUGAAAUUGAGUACACUUUUCAUUCUUUUUAAUAUAACAUUAGUACACCAAUAUAAAAAUGAUUUUGUAUCUAAUCGUUUUCAAUUGUGUACUAGCAAUUGUCAACUUUUCACGUAAAAUUAUAAAAUAAAUUCUGUUUAUGUAUGAAAUAUCUACAUUAUUUUGAUAAUCAAUGGGUAACUCAAUAUUUUCAAGCAAACAAUUGAUGUCAUGUCAAAUUAAUGAAUUUUGGUAAUUUCUCAUUACAGAAUGAAUGGCGUAUCUAAGUAAAAGUUAUUAGCUAAUCAAAAAAACAUUUAAAACCUGUACUAGAUUAUUAAAAACAAUAUGACCAUCAUUAGACGUUAAACUUCAUGGCAAAUUAAAUAUAAGA